GGGGAGCUGCAGGGCCACUGGAGGGGUCCCAGCAUCUGAGCCCUGUCCUCUUGCAGGAGAGUACAUCACAGUAUAUGAGAGCCAAGGGGCAGUGCCAAACACGUGACACCAGGAUACGGAGGAUGUCAUUAGGCUGGCCCAGAAUAAGGAGGAGAUGAAGGCGAAUACGCUGGAACUGCAGAAGCUGGUGUUGCCACUUGUGGGUGACCAUGAGGGGCAUGGCAAAUUCUUCACCUCUCCCCAGAACCUUGCUGAUGAGCCCGCUCCAGGGGCUCCAGCCCCCGAGGAACUUGGGGCUGCUGGUGAGCAGGGUGAUUUUUAUGAGGUGAGCCUGGACAACAGCAUGGAGCCCACACCAGGAGAGGCCAGGAAGCGUUCUCCCCAUGACAACCCCACCGCACAGCAGAUCAUGCACCUGCUUCCUGGAAUGCAGGACACCCAGGAGCACCCAGGCUUGGCCAGCAAACCCUGCAUGCCAUUCUUUUACCAGGCAUCCGAGGACAGGGAGAUAAACAUCAUCAUCGUCUAAGAGCUGGUCAAGAAAUUGAAAAACAACAAGAACAAAAAGUUAUGGCAUUAAUCUCCUACGCAAUUCAUCUCCUUCAUUUGAAUGCUAGAGCCACUCAUGUUUAUUUGUGUUUCUAAUUUACAGUUUAAAUUUAUUUGUAAAAAAGUAAGGGAGAGUGGAUCUUUUCCUGAUGUUCACUCUGGCAUCCUUUAGCAUUUUUGGUUUUAAUUGAUAAUUGUAGAUCAUUAGCUCACAUAUCGAGUUUGCCCUUACCUGGUGGGAGUUCAAACACACAAAGACCCACUAUUUGCACAAAAUUAUUCUUGCUGGUUUGGAAUAGGCUGCCAUGGUUUUUAAAAUGUUUUUGCAGCAUGUAUGUUCAUUAUGGAAU